AUGCCGCGUCAAAUCUGCGGGGAUGGUGGGGACCCCCCCCCCCGGCCCCCGCAGCCACGGAAGAUGUCUUCAGGACGGGCGCCGCAUUUCCCAGUGUCUGACUGUGGUCAUUUGUGCCAGUCCGCGUGCGCGCAUGCGGCCCCCCAGCACGCCCUGAAGGGGAGUUUUGUUGAAGUUGCAAAGUCCCGGAGCCUCCAGAGGGCUGUCGGCGCCGCAGCAGCAGCAGCAGCAGCAGCAGCAGCGAGCGGCCGAGCGCGCCUGCGGCCAGGGAACCCGGCGGGGCGGCGGCGAGAGCGGAGCGCGGCGCGGCGCAGACCCGGCCCGGACGCACAGCCCUCCCUCCCGCCCAGGCGCCCGGCAGAGCCCCCGCCAUGGGACCACCAGCUCCUGUGCUGCGAAGUGGAGGCCAUCCGCCGCGCGUACCGGGACACCAACCUCCUCAACGACCGGGUGCUGCGGGCCAUGCUGAAGGCGGAGGAGACCUGCGCGCCCUCCGUGUCCUACUUCAAGUGCGUCCAGAAGGAGAUCGUGCCGUCCAUGCGCAAGAUCGUGGCCACCUGGAUGCUGGAGGUCUGCGAGGAGCAGAAGUGCGAGGAGGAGGUCUUCCCGCUGGCCAUGAACUACCUGGACCGCUUCCUGUCGCUGGAGCCCCUGAAGAAGAGCCGCCUGCAGCUGCUGGGGGCCACCUGCAUGUUCGUGGCCUCCAAGAUGAAGGAGACCGUGCCCCUGACGGCCGAGAAGCUGUGCAUCUACACCGACAACUCCAUCCGGCCGGAAGAGCUGCUGCAAAUGGAGAUGAUCCUGGUGAACAAACUCAAGUGGAACCUGGCCGCCAUGACCCCCCACGACUUCAUCGAGCACUUCCUCUCCAAGAUGCCCGAGGAGGAGGAGAACAAGCACGUCAUCCGCAAGCACGCCCAGACCUUCGUGGCGCUCUGUGCCACAGACGUGAAGUUCAUUUCCAACCCCCCCUCCAUGGUGGCGGCGGGCAGCGUGGUGGCGGCGAUGCAGGGCCUGUACCUGGGCAGCCCCAACAACUUCCUGUCCUGUUACCGCAUGACGCACUUCCUCUCCAGGCUGAUCAAGUGUGAUCCCGACUGCCUCCGAGCCUGCCAGGAGCAGAUCGAGGCUCUGCUGGAGGCCAGCCUGCGCCAAGCCCAGCAGAACCUGGAGCCCAAGGCCCCGGAGGAGGAGGAGGUGGAGGCGGCGGGACUGGACCUGGCCUGCACGCCCACCGACGUGCGCGACGUGGACGUCUGAGGCCCCCCGGCCCCCCGGCUCCGCCCACCGCCCCUCUGGGGACAUUUCGCUACACCAGGAGGGAGGGAGUGUGCGUCCUCCUUGCUGGUUUGGGUUUUUUUUGUGUGUGUGUUUUUGUUUCUUCCUGUCUUCUUCGUCCUUUUCCAUCUCUGACUUAAGCAAAAGGAAAAAAAAAAAUUCCCUGAAAAUUGUCUUAGAGGGGAGGGGGAGAGAGAGAGUGUGCGGAGCCCGCGGAGGCGCUUUCUAGAACGCCGUGCUGCGCUAGCUUCCUCGCAGAGCUUCAGUCGCAAGAGUAGCUGUUAACGCACAGGUGCCUCUGGGGAGAACUAGAGUUGAUUUGUGUGUUAUGUUUUGGGGGGGGGGGAAGCAUAAACAUUUUAAAAA